UUAAUAUAGAGUAUUGAAAUUAACAUUUUACCGUUACAAUAUUGUGCAUCGCAAGCAAUUAAAAUCACACUGAAAACGCCAGCAAAUGCCAACGCGUGUUUGAACGCUUUCUAAGUUUCAGCGUGUGUUACGCGUAUGUUUGUAUUUGUAAAACAAUUAGUCUACAUAAUAAUAAAAAUUACCGCAAAGUAUUUGAGAUAAUGGUAAAAAUCGCCGGCUUACCACCGAUGAACGUGAUCAGUGAUCAACAAGCGCUUGCGAUCAGCUACAGUCAGCACUUACAGCAGCAGCAACAGCAACAACUAAAAGACCAAGACUUAGUUAAACAACAACAACAAAAGCACCAACAGCCGUCGUCACCAACUACAACCAUUGCCACCCACACCACCUACACGCUGGCCGAGUCCGUUCUACAGAACUCGCUGCUGUACAAAAUGGCACGGACACCGCAUCUCAAGUCGAACUUCUCGAUCAAUUCGAUCUUGCCCGAAACGAUGGAGGAUCACCGCGAACAACAACAACAACAGCAGCAGCAGCAACAGCAACAAUCGCCACAGCAUUCGCCGCAGUAUCAACACCAUCACUUACAACAAUUACAACAGCUUCCAGCUUUUCAACAGCACUGCGCCAUGUAUGGGCAACAAGCACAUCAACAACAACAACAAUAUCCGCCACCACCACAUGAUAUCGAAAAAUAUCGACGCGUGCCACCCACCGACUUUCACCUCUGCCACUCACCACUCGGCUCAGAGGAACCUGAGGUGUCCGACGUGGAGUCGGAUCUGGAUGUGACGAGCAUGUCACCGCCACCGCGUACGGAGGGCAGUGAAGUGAGUGUACAUAGCGUUGAGAAAGUACAACGCAAAUACCGACGCAAUAAUGGUAUUUUAGCUGGCGCGAAUCGUCGGCAUGCUGAUGAAAGUGCUGACAGCGAGCUGGACGGUGGGGAGGAAGUUGCGGAAGCGGAGAUGUGUGAAGCGGAAUCGGAUGGUGAGGAGUGCGAGGAGGAGGAUGUCGAAUGUGAUGCGGAGGCUGAGAGUGAGACGCAGGCGAAUAGUGAGGGCGGCGAUGCUGAAAAGUCGACUGAUGGCAAGCCGGUGACCGAUAAGAAAGGUAAUGAGAAGCCGCCAUUCUCCUACAAUUCGCUCAUCAUGAUGGCCAUACGACAGAGUCCCGAGAAACGGCUAACCCUCAAUGGCAUCUAUGAAUAUAUAAUUAAAAAUUUUCCAUACUACGGCGACAAUAAACAAGGCUGGCAAAAUUCGAUACGACACAAUCUCAGUUUGAAUAAGUGUUUUGUUAAAGUGCCGCGUCAUUAUGAUGAUCCCGGUAAGGGCAACUAUUGGAUGCUCGAUCCAUCGGCAGAGGACGUAUUCAUUGGCGGUUCAACGGGUAAAUUACGCCGUCGCACUACAGCGGCAUCACGCUCACGUCUCGCCGCCUUCAAACGUUCACUCAUCGGUCCCAUGUUCCCCGGCCUGGGCUAUACGCAAUUCGGACAAUUUUUAUAUCCACAUCAAGCUGCCGCCGCAACCGCCGCUGCGCCUAGUCUGCUCGCGAGCAUGUACGGUCGUUACAAUCCCUUUAUGCCAAAAAGCCCAGCGGUCGCUGCAGCUGCUGCAGCAGCCGCCAGCUUACCAAUGCCCAUGCAAUUUGCUGGCGCACCCAAUUCACCUGCAUCGGUUAUGGCCAACUACAGCAGCGGCAUGGAACGUCUCUUGGGUGCAAUGCCACAUCAGAGCAAUCCUGCUGCCGCGGCGGCCGCCACCAGUGAACUUUACCAGCGCCUACAAUAUCAACAGUUGUUGCAACAACAUGCCGCUGCAGCAGCGAUCGCGGCGCAUCAACGGCAGCAACAACAUAUGGCAGGUGGUGUGCCAGCACCGUCCGCACUGCAUGUCCAGCAUCCGCAACAUCCUCAGCAUCCGCAGCACCCCCAACAUAUGUCACAUUUGUCGAUAUCGCCACAUCAACAACAAUCACAGUUGCAGAUUGGCGCGCACAUGACCGCUCAACCCGCCUCACCUGGCCGACCACAACCGUUAUCACCAUCGGCGGUUGGCGCUUUGGCAAUGCCACAAGCAGUUUCAGUGGUUUCAGCGGCGAUAUCGCCCAUACUCAAGCCCGUGACGGUUGUGGCGCGCAGCGAUAGCUGAGUGGGUGAGAUGUAUGAUGCGGCAGCAGAGGAGGCUGUAUGUAUAUAGUUGUAGUAUAUGCUUAAGUAUGUAUGUGUAUUAUAUAAAACCGUUGAACUAAAUCAUAAUAGUUAAUUAAAAAUAAGUAAAUUUGUAAAAUACGCUUAUGACUCGAAGGGAGCUGCGCGCCAAAACUGGAGAUCUGAUCAGUAUGUUGAUAUUAACAUUUCCAUGCAGAGCGCUUUGACUGUAAACUUAGCAGAAUUGAAUUUAGUAUUAUCGUCAUGUGUAAACUUAAUAAUUGGCAUAUAAAUCUCCAAAUAAGGUAAAACAAAAAUGUCGAAAAAUUGAGAAAUUAUGAAAAUUGAUUUUGCUUUCCAAAAAAAUACACGCGAUUUUUAUCUGAGUAUUUGUUUAUGUUAAAGUAUUUAGCCUAACAUUUAGCUAGUAAAACGAAAUUUAUUCAAAAGAAUCAAAACAGUGCG